UCGUAAAAGUUCACAAAAAUAAAGAAAGUGGAUGGUUUAGUGUGCGUUUGGUUGAUAAAUCGGUAAAAAAAAGUCGUUUCGUUUGGUUUUUGUUGUGGUCUCUUUCGUAGAGCUUAUGCAAAUGUGCUGCUCUGCGACGCUUGUGGCAACGAAUUGCACUCAAAGCUGAGGCUUUUAUGAAUGCUACUGGGUCGAAGUCGGAGUCUGAGUCCGGAUACGCAUCUGGAGGAGAACGGAGGCGCAAGCAUCCAGCAAAAUGGUCUUCAGUUAUGCCUGCAUGGUGCUCCAGCGCAUCGUGGUGCCAGCGGUCCUGGUACUCGCUGCCCUGAUACGACCGGUAGGCAUAUCCUUUGUGUACCUGCUUAUGUUCUUUGUGUCGCCCUUUGUGCCUCUGGCCACGCGUCGCAACUUCAAAGGAUCUGUGACUGCCUUCUUCAUCAUCCUGCUAACACUGAGCACGUUGGUCCUCUUGGGUCACAUAACGCUCCAGAUUCUGGCAGUCAGCCUCACGCUGCCGAUCUACAACUGCUCGUUCAGUGAGCGCCUCUUGCGACACAUAGGCUUCGUGAGCUUUAUCGAUCUACAGCCAUUCGCCAUAAUUGAAUGGCUGGUGCCAGAGGUUUUGGUCUUCGCCACCUCUCUGGGAUCAUAUCUCACUGUAAAGCGAGUAGCCUCUCAGCCCGUUGGUGCAGAGCAGCUGGAGAAUGGCGAAGUGCUCGAUGGGCAGAUGGAAAAUGCCCAGUCUUCUCAGCCUCCUGCUACAGAUGCCAAUGGUGGGGAUGUGCAACAGGCCACGGCCACCACGCCACUGCAGCAGCAGCAACAGCAGCUCAGGAAGCGCGUCUCCAUGAUCAGCCAGCAUAUCCACUUCGAGGGAUUGAUUAAGAUCUCUCCUCUGUUCUGCCUGGCCACGCUGUUCUUUGCGGCCGUGCUGCGUCCCUCGGUGCCAGGUGGAUUCUACUUUCUCAUUUUCCUGCUGGCCGGCUCUUACUGGGCAACCUGCCAGACGCUGCAACGGGGCUUCGCGUUAUUGCUGCGCUGCGUGAUGGUCGUUCUCGGGCUGCACUCCCUGUCCAUUGUUUCCUAUCAGACACCCUGGAUGCAGAGCCACCUCAAUCAUACCACCCUGACAGCUCGUUUGAUUGGACUGGAACCGCUUAUUGAAUCCUACUGUUCGCCGGAUAUACGAGUCGUUCUGUAUAAUAAUAAGCUGUCUCUGGACUCGUACCUCAAUCCUUUUGCGUUGUUUUUCGCCUACUUCGCACUGGCCCUGACCACGAAGCAUCUCAUUAAGCCAAGGUUGGUGCGUCAAAGCACGCGAAAGGCACGCACCCCUCAGCCAGUGGAAAGUGGAUCCUCGGUGGCGCCCAGUGGAACUCAGCGAGGCAAUGACAUUCAGCUGGACUCAAUGGAACAGAGGUCGGAGCAGGAAAACACCACUACAUCCAUACUGGAUCAGAUAUCGUAUGGAUUUGUCAGCGUGGGAGGUUUCAUCUAUCAGAAUAGUUAUAUAUUCACCAAUAUUCUGAUGAUGGCCUGGUCCAUUGUCUACCAUAGUUGGCUGACUUUUGUCCUGCUACUCUGGGCCAAUGUAUUAUGGAUGAUUCCCAACCAAAGGAAGGCCAUGAUGCGGUCUAGUCCGUUCAUAGUCUUAUAUGCCGAGGCACUCCUGAUUGCCCAGUAUAUUUAUGGCAUGGAUCUAAACAACGAAGAACUGCCGACAAGCGUUCCUACUGCGGGCAUUAACCUGCAGCAAAUUGGCUUCGAAAGACCCAUUGAGAACCAAAUGCGUCCAUGUGUGCCGCUGAUCGUAAAGACAGCCUUCGUACUGAUGUUUUGGGUGACAUCACGGCAGUUCUUUAAAGAGAAGCGCGAUCGCCGAAGGGAUAGCACCCUGGCGGACAUAAUUGCGCCACUGCAGAUUACCGUGGGAUCGGCUGGCUCCAGCUACCUCAUCAACGACGGCAAGAAGACCUCAAAGUUCCUAAAAAAGGCCGGCGAUGUGAUCAAGAAUCUACUAGUGCGCCUGUGGAUCUGGCUACUUGUGCUGGUUAUCUUCCUGUGUGCGAUCACCGGCGAGAAUAUGACCGGCUUUCGCAUCUGCUACAUGGCUUUGUUCCUAUUCUUCUUGCUGGUCUUUCAAUCGUCGUCCAAGGCCUGGGUUAAGAUCAUGUACGGCUUUUGGCUGUUCCUGAUCUUCUACGCCAUGUCCAUACUCAUAUUGAUCUAUACAUAUCAGUUCGAUAAGUUUGAUAAGUAUUGGAGGGACUAUCUAAAUGUGUCCGAAACGCUGCAAAAGGAUAUUGGUCUUAAGCGUUACCAGACCAAGGAUCUCUUUCUCCAUUUGGUUUCGCCGACUAUAAUCGUGAUCCUGACCGUAAUCCAAGUGCACUACUUCCACAAGCGGUUUAUUGCCUCAUUACAACAGCAGCCAUCGGCUGGCGGAUCGGCACAGCAGAAACCCACAGAGACAACUGCAUUGGAACCAGCGCCAUCGAAGCGUCGGGGCAGCGCCGGUUCACUGCGACGUUCGCAGGGUCCAUCGGGUGAGGCUGCUCCCGGAGCCACCACUGAUUUUGAGACAUCUGUGCGAGAUUUGGUGCGCAUUUCGUUCCGCAAGAUUAAGAACAAGUCGGAGUAUAUAUUCAAGAACUUCAAGGACGUCUUCUGGCGCUUCCUGGAGCUGCACAUCAUGAAGGCUGUGUAUAUCGCAGCCUUCGUGUGCAGCGUCAGCGAAGUCUGUGUUCUGCAUAUUGCCUUCGUGGGCUUCUGUGUGCUGGGCGCCACCUCGCGCAAGGCCGUCCAGGUGGUGAUCAGCCGCCUCAUCUCUUUCAUUGUCACCAUCAUAGUGCUGUCGAAAAUGAUCUACCAGAUCGAGUAUUUGAGUCACUCGCAGCAUAACGUAGUUUGUUCUGACAAUGUGACUGCCAACAAUGCCGAGUGGAUUGGCCUUACCAAGGCCGAUAAGGUUACAGGCGGACUGAUGAGCCUGCUGCGGACCUACAUCAUCUAUAUGGUUAUUGUGACCAUGCAUGCUGUGAUCACUUUGCGACAGCUCCAAAUGCGCGUGAAGAUCGGAGCCUUGAACGCACCACCCACCAAGCUGCUCUUCCCCAAUAUCAUUCGGGCAGAUGCUGAGAAGGACCUGGUCGGACUAGUAAAGUAUCUCCUCAACUUUGGCUUCUACAAAUUUGGCAUAGAGAUUUCGCUGAUCGCCUUGGUCUCCACCAUCACAUAUCGUCAAGACAUAGUGGCCGUGGCCUAUGCUCUGUGGCUGGUUGUGCUCCUGCUCCUCAGGAGAUCUCAAUGCGCCAAGAUCUGGGGCGUGUUCCAGGCUUUCUUUGCCAUCUCCAUAUUGACACAGUACAUAGUGCUGGUUGGAUUACCGCCGAGCUCAUGUCUGGUUUAUCCCUGGGAUCAGGGACCCUUUGGCGAGGGCAUUCAACGCUGGACGAUGCUGCCGGGAGCACUACACCUCAACCACGUACCCAAGUUGAUCUUUGACUUUAUAGUCUUGAUCAUCUUGAACCGUCAAAAGAGUAUCUUCUGCAUCGAACAGCGUUAUGCCAGUAACGACGACUAUCCAGGUGGCAGCAACCGCAGUGUAAUCGCGGAUAUUGCGCAGCUAGGUCGCGUUCCCUUCGACAAUCCCACCCACGACUUUUGCUCGUACAUACGCAACUACUCGGAUAUCCUGAAGAACGGAGUUCUGUGCGGUUUCUACUGGUUCACCCUGGCAGUGGUUUUCCUUGCUGGCACCAAUAUCGCGGAUCUUCUGGCUCUGGGUUAUCUAAUUGGAGCGUUCAUCUUCCUGUGGCAGGGAUCUGAUUUCUAUCUGCGACCCAUACACACCAUCAUCUUUAGAUGGAAGUGGCUGUUGGCAUUCAAUGUGACCAAUAUACUCAUCAAGACGACCUUCCAGAUGGCCGGCUGUCUUUUCAUGACACAAUUGACUAAAGACUGCUGCUGGCUGGUGCACAUGCUGGGCAUCACCUGCACGAGUAAUGCACCCAAGGAGCAAAUAAUACUCCCCGAAGACACUGUUUUGGUGUUACAACCAGGAGAGUGUCCCAAGAUCACCCACCAGGUGGUUCUGUUGUGGGACACUAUCUGCUUCGCCUUUAUCAUCUUCCAGCUUCGCAUCUUUAAGUCGCACUACUUCUGUCACAUCAUCACGGACACCAAGGCGAACAAUAUCCUAGCCUCAAGAGGAGCCGACAUCAUUGAAAGCCUACGGCAUAAACAGAUUGCCCAUCGUCACGACCAUGAGAAACAGGUGCUGCACAAGAUCAAACGGAAAAUGGAGCGCAUCCGAGCCACGCAGCAGAAGAUGCUGCGGCCCUUGGACAAACAAACCCACUUCGAUGGGCAACGCACGCCCACAGAGCAGGCCAUGUCCGAGUCGGUGCCUUUGGCCCAUAACAACAGCUUCACCUCUUGCCAGGGGUCUGGCUAUCUGACUCCCGAUGAGCAUAGCUCCGAAAGCUCGGCAACCUCUUCGCCAGCGAGGGCUUCGAUCCUCUCUAGCAGUAGUAGUAGUGUGGAAAGCGUGGAUAGUGCAGAUGCUGCUGUGAUCAUCGAACCCGAGAUCAACGUUAUGCCUUGUGAGGAGAUCGCAGAUUAUGUGGAUGUGCAUUCGAUUAGUGAGGAAGAGGCAACGGUGGCAGUUCCCAAGAAGCUAUUGGUUCCUUUGACCAAAUCUAUGGAAUCUCAAGCUUCUUCGAAGCCAACCACCCCGAGUACAGAUGCCUUGUCCACUCUCCUUACCGAGGGAUUUUUGGAACCGAAGAGAAUCUCCUUGGGAUUGGCUCCUUCUGAGCUUAGUGCUCCAGUUGGCAUUCAAACCCUAGCCCCUCCGUUGGCUGCCUAUGCAACAGCCAUGGCCUCCAGUGCAGCCAGCUCCGUGCUGUCAUCUAAUCUGACUCCGAAUCUUCGCCGUGAACAUCGCCGCCAGUCUUCUACGAAUGCCGCUGUAUCCUGGAACGAAACCGUGUCCAUCAAACGUUCACCCAUGAAAAAGCAAAUGUCGGCGGAUAAGGAGGAGGUGGUGACCAUGCGCCACAAGUCGUUGCAUCGUCGUCACCAAAGCAUGGGCAACGCUAGCUACUCCUUGGACGAAGCCUCCCAGUCGCAAACGCAACGCAAGCGCCUAUCCAGCAAUUUAUCGGGAGUCAGGGACGAGACUGCUCUGCGGUCUGCCCAAAGACCGCAUAGCUGGGGACCCGUGGGUACGGCCUCCUAUAUGGAGUCGCUGAUGUGCGCCUUCUACGAGCCCGCACUGCUGCAUGGACCAUCCACACGUGCUGGUGACUACUACAUGUUCGAGGAGAUGGACGAUAAAUUUGAACUUGACUUGAUACACGAUGAGAUUGAUUUUCUGGAGGAGGAGAACAUCACCGAGAGCGAGAUGAAGAUGCAGCGCCGCAAGACCCUCUACGAUGUGUGGAAGGAUCUCAAUGAUGCCGAAUACCGUCGCCACUUCUAUAUGCGUGAACGUUCCUAUGCCUCAGAGCCGGGUUCUCGCAUAGCUCUGAAGUUGGACGACGAGAAGGAUAAGGUUGGCCACGAUCUGGGCCUAGCCACCGACGACGAUGAGGAUGACGACACCAUUGAGUGCGAUCUGGGCAUGCGCACCUCUACACUGUCCGAACCGCUUGAUUUCGGUCGUCGCAGCCAGACGCUGCUCGAGGUUAAGUCGAAGGAUGCUCCCACUGGCGAUUUCCCCUCCACCAGCAAGGGCAUAUCUAAGGAACGGGAUGCGGCAACGGCUUCUAAUUCUGCUAGUCCAGCGCCCACUAGAGAUGUGGGUGAUCUGCCAGUGAUACCACCACCUUCCUCUGGACUGGGACGUGAGGCCACCUCAAAGGAAACUUCCGAUAGCAAGUCCAAAAUGGAGGUCGAUAGCGGCGAAGUGACGGCCAAGGAUUCGGAUGAGGACUUCGAUACCAAUCCUAUUAUCAGACUUCUCGAGGGCUUCUUGGUCACGCUGACCAUAAGACUGAACCGCUUCUCGCGUAACUAUCGCUUUGUGAACCGCAUUCUGGCCGGCGAGAAGAAGACCCUCAAGGAAUCAAGCUCGUUGAAUCGCCUGGGGCUGUCCAGUGCCGCUGCCAUGUUCCACUUCCUGAAGUCCAAUCUCGAGAGCGAUGAAAGUAAUCCGCCAGCCUCCUCAUCAACCCCGCGGCGGGUGGUCAUCGUACCACCAGCGAAUGCCAACGAGCACUCUGACCCCACCAGCACCACACUGAACACGAACACGACAACCACACCGCUAUCACCACCCGAAACACUGCAACCACCAAUUACAACCAGUACACCGCAGCAACAGCAUCAGCAUAAUCGCGAUGCCGACGAAAUCAUCGAACUGCCUGUAGAUACCGUUGAUGGAGUCACCUAUAGAAAACAUUCAAUCAAUUCAUCGCCGCCAGCAAAGGGCACGAUGCUCAGUCGAAAAUCGGACUGUGGCCUGCCUGAGAUUCGCAUUAAAGCGCCAUCUGUCGAGCGCGGUUAUUAUCAUAAUCACCACAGCGGCGGUGGCUCAGGAUCGUUGAGCAAGCACUGGUCCUACGAACAAGUGGACAGCGCGGGUGAAUUCAACUUGGAGGAAGAGAACUUCGCUCAACGAGAUCAUCAUAUCAUUGUGGAAGUGCUAAUCUCCUCGUGGUACGCCUUGUUGGCCAAUACAGAUCUCAUCUGUUACAUUGUUGUGUUCAUCAAUCAGGUGGUCAAUGCCAGUCUCAUCUCGCUGCCCCUGCCCAUUAUGGUGUUUUUAUGGGGAACCUUGUCUCUGCCACGUCCAACGAAAACCUUCUGGGUCACCCUGAUUGCAUACACCCAGGCUAUCGUGCUGAUCAAGUGCAUAUUCCAGUUCAAGCUGAUCUGGUCAAAUUACCACCAACUACCCAACCAACCUCUGGCACCUGCUAAGAUCUUUGGGGUGGAGAACAAGGCCCACUAUGCGAUUUAUGACCUGAUCUUGCUGUUGGUCUUAUUCCUACAUCGCUAUUUGCUUAAAUCGCAGGGUCUGUGGAAAUCGGGCUACAAGGAUACGGAUAACCAGUUUACCAAACCCACCGCUAGCAUUGAUGAACGCGAUGAUAGUGACAAUCUAUCGCAGCCGGAUUCCCGCCAACUAAAUGAUGAUGCUGCUCAAAAGUUAAGCCUUCAAGUGAGUCAGGCUUCUUUGCCAGGAUCACCGGAGUUUAGCAAGACCGGUAUUAAUCAGUUAGAGCGGACCAAGUACACUUCUUCGCUGUACAAGUUCUUCUUUAGUCUGGUUCACAAAUCCCGCCUAGCCACAGAUGUUUAUGCCCUGAUGUUCCUCUGCGAUUUUGUGAACUUCUUUGUGCUACUUUUUGGUUUCACUGCCUUUGGAACCCAACAAACGGAAAGCGAUGAAGGUGUCCAGACUUAUCUGGCGGAGAAUAAAGUGCCCAUACCUUUCCUGAUCAUGUUACUGGUCCAGUUCCUGCUCAUCGUUAUAGACCGAGCUUUGUACCUGCGCAAGGCCCUGGUGAACAAGAUCAUCUUCCACUUCUUCUCGGUGAUUGGAAUACACAUCUGGAUGUUCUUUGUGGUGCCAGCUGUAACGGAGCGUACUUUCAAUUCCCUGGCACCGCCAAUCAUUUUCUACGUUAUCAAGUGCUUUUAUAUGCUGCUGAGUUCAUAUCAAAUCAAAUCCGGUUACCCCAAACGCAUUCUGGGCAACUUCUUCACCAAGGGAUUCUCGAUGGUCAACAUGAUCGCUUUUAAGGUCUACAUGCAGAUUCCUUUCCUGUACGAGCUACGAACAAUUUUGGAUUGGGUGUGCAUCGAUAGCACAAUGACAAUUUUUGACUGGCUUAAGAUGGAAGACAUUUUCUCGAAUAUCUAUCUGAUCCGGUGCACCAGACAGUCGGAGACUGAUUUUCCGGCCAUGAGAGCUCAGAAGAAGGCCUCUCUUUCCAAGCUCAUCAUGGGUGGCACUGUUGUCCUGUUGAUUGUGAUUUGCAUUUGGGGACCACUGUGCCUAUUUGCCCUCGGUAACGCGGUGGGUACCUCAAAUGUUCCCUUCCAGGUGUCACUGUCGAUCCGAAUUGGACCCUAUGAUCCCAUCUACACAACGAAUAACUAUGAUAGCAUCUUCGAGAUUAAGCCUGAGAUGUACUCUCAGAUGACUAACGCAUAUAUUAAAGAGAAACAGGCUUUAACGUUUAUUACUGGCUAUGAUGCAACGGACGUGGCGGCGGUUAGACUAGCUGGAAACUCGCCGUCUCUUUGGAAUAUAGCACCGCCGGAUAGGCAGCGGUUGUUAAACGAUUUGAGAAACAAUCACACACUGAAGGCGCGCUUCUCCUAUUCCCUCACGCGAAAGGCUCCUGCCAAGGGAUUAAAGGAAAAUGUGGGCGAUGAGCAUGCAAUUUCCCUGGACGAAUCCUUCGAGGGACGAGCAGCACUUAUUCAUAUGCUUAGCGAGACGCAUGAUGUUGAGCCAAUUCAUAGUAAUACAACAACCAAUGGAACUGUUCCUGAAAUUGAAGAAGUUGUAGUACUUCCCGCCAUGAUACCUAAGUUUAUAAAGGUUCUGAAUUCGGGAGACGCUGCUGUGGUUAGUGUUUUAAGCGAAAAACACCACGAAUACCGACCGUUAGUUAUCAAAAUGCAUCGGGACAGCGAGACCAAUGGGUUAUGGUGGGAGAUAAGAGACUACUGCAACGACACCUUCUACAACGAAACACUGUCCAAGUUUGCCUACAGCAACUGCACUUCCGGAAUCGUGAUGUACACAUUCAACGACAAAAAGUUCCCAUCGACUUUCAGUUUCCUCACAGCGGGAGGCAUCAUUGGUUUGUACACCACCUUCGUGUUAUUGGCCUCGCGAUUCAUGAAGUCCUUCAUUGGCGGGCAAAACAGAAAGAUAAUGUUUGAGGAUCUGCCUUACGUGGAUAGAGUGCUGCAACUCUGUUUGGAUAUAUAUUUGGUACGCGAAGCUCUAGAAUUCGCACUGGAAGAAGAUCUGUUUGCGAAAUUACUCUUCCUGUACCGAUCGCCCGAGACGCUAAUCAAGUGGACACGUCCCAAGGAGGAGUACGUGGACGAUGACGGCGACACCGACUCGAUUCCCAGUCGAAUGAGUGUACGCCGGCCCGAGCAGCUGCAACCGCAGCCACCACAAUAACAUAGGCCUAACCCAAAUGCUUAAGUAAUGUAGAGUUGGUUUACGUAUUUAGUACGUAUAUUGUGUUAAUGUAGGUUUCAUAGUCUUUUUUAAACCUUUUUAUAUGAAGGAAGAGAACACAAAUCAAAACACAAAAGUACACAUCACCCAUUUAUACAGUCGUUCGAUUUUUUGUCAAAAGUACUGCCCUGUGUAUUUAGUCAUAAGCCUAAGUAAGCGAAAAGUGUUGCUGUUUGUUAGUUUAAACAAAUGAAGAAACUAGUGAAUUGUAAUUGCCUAAACAAGCUAAUGAUUUGUUUAAGUUAUUUUCUAAAGUGUAAAAAAGGAAGAUCAAGUGCGGAAAUACUAAUAAUAAUGAUGAAAACUCAUAUUCAGGGAAUUUAGCAUUUUACAGAAACCGUAUAUAUAAUAUAAUACAAACCUAAAGCAUCCGAAUUAUUAAGUAAAAAUAAUUAUAGCGCCUAGAAAAUUAAUGUUUUAUAUUUAUACGAAAAAAUGAUCAUGUAAUAUUACCAAUUUGCUUCGAAUCGCAUACAGCUCUAUGCUAUUUGCCUAUUUGUGCCCUUUACAAAACUGAUUAAAGAUAUUACGUAUAUGUUAUAAUGUUUGUUAUAAAACUAAAUCGAUAUAUGUUGCAUAUAUAUAGAGCGUUGACUUUAGUUAUAGGCAUAUCACAUGACAUAUUUUUGUAUUGAAUGCAAAUAUCAUUUGCUUGAUCGACUACUUUCUAGGCGAAUUCAUAUCAAAAAUCAAGAUUUAUAAUGAUGUAGUGCGUUGGCUUUAAAUGAAAAUUGAUCAACUACACAAUAUCUCCCAUAUGCAAUCUCUUAAUAUUAGUAAAACGCCAACUAACUCUGUAUGUUCUAUUUUAUAUGUAGCGAAACGAACUAAAAUUGAUAAAUGUAAAAAUUAAUGAAUUUUUGUACCAAGCGAAAAACUUAAAACGUAAUUAUAAUAUGUAUCUAUUUUUUUAGUGUUUAAUUUCCAAAAUAAGCUUAACAACUACGUGGAAUAAUUACGAAAUAAAAUAAAGAAUCGAAUUUGAUUGUAA